CAGCUUGCAGUUCCAAUGGUUAUAGUUCCAACUUUCAGUUAGGUAUUUCAGUUAGCUCGAUUCACUAUAAUCUUUGCUUGUGUAAUUUCACAUGCGUCGGAAAGAUUGGCUGUGCGCCGCCGUUACCAUAGUCAGCGCAAAUUCCUAGUCAGACAAGCACUGCUGUCGUCAACAUUGCAGGGAUGAUACUCCGAAAAGUUAACGUUGCUUACUGUCUUGUUGGCUGUCGGCAGUUUAUUGUGAAUAAAUUUUAAUUAUGGUCGGCUGAAGGGAUGGAGAACCAAAUUUCAAUGCCGUUCUAAACUUUACAUACUGCAUCUCCACGGGCGUACUUUUACGAAUCCUUCGAAAGGGAAGUCUUUCGCCGCAAUUUUAGGCUAAUGUAUGUAAGACGUCAUGGUUUUUGAUCAUGCACCGUACUGAACUACCAUUCUCUCUUGGACUAUGACCGUAUUUUGUCAAUAUGGGUGUUCAUCUUGUUUUAUCAUCUUCCACCUAAAUAACUUGAGCUUCGGCAACCGCUUUUAUCGAAGACUACUCAACUUACACAUUCUUAUUCUGCCAUGGAUAGGUCGUUUUUCUGCUACGGUGUUUACUUAUUUGCAACAUGUGUAGCCAUUUCUUACGCGCUGUCGUGUUCAUAUAAAGAAAGCCAAAUUUUGCUGGUUUCUAAAUCUGCUGCUGCCGCGACUUGUGCUGCGGUGUCAUUUGGCAGUAACUGCAUCUACAGUUACCAGAAACAUGAUCGUAUAGGUUGCGGGUCUUUCGGAACUGUGUACAAAGCAAAGAUUCGAUUCCGCGGGGACUUUCGUGGACCGGAUGACGUUGCAGUAAAAGAACUCUAUUUAAGGGGCAAAAUAAACCCGGGUCCGAACAUUAAUGGAACAACUACCGGCGAACAGGCUAUGGCGCGAAGGUGGAUUACUCUGUUAUCGCUCAAGCAUAAAAACGUUAUUGGAUACUACAAAAUCACGAUGCAGCAAGUUGCCAAAGGAAUGCUGAUUGAACUGAUGAUGGAUUAUCUUCCGGACGGAGAUCUGGCGGACAUGAUUGCAUGCUUAACUUCGUCAUUUCAAACGCUGUCGUUGUGCAAUCUCGUUGAUUUCAGCCAGCAGAUAGCAGAGGGUGUGAACUAUUUGCACAGUAACGGAAUUAUACACGGCGAUCUGAAACCGGCGAACAUACUACUGAAGCGGAGUGCGAAAAGCUCCGAUGCGUAUAGCCUGCAUAUCGGUGACCUCGACGACGUAAUUUUCAUGCAAGAUAGCCAGACGCUGACCAAAGACAUUACUCGUCUGUACGGCACUGCACGCUACACCUCCCCCGAAAUGGCGGCGACAUUUGUUGCCCAUAAUACUGUUGACGCGCGACCCGGUCGCAAAACGGACAUCUGGAGUCUUGGCUGUAUUAUGCUGGAUUUGGUCGAUUGUCAUACGGGAAAUGCCGAGAAGUGGCUGCAUCGGCAUGGCACCGCGCAACGACUGCGCAUCGAUAAAAUGAAGGACAACUGCAUUUUGUUUCACAUCGCGGAUGGCUUCGUGCCGCUUAUUACCCAUUGCGUAAACCAAGAUAUUACAGGAAUAAUUGAGAAAUGCUUCUGUAUGGACAGUAGCAACCGCGUUAACGCGGCAGCCUUAGUAACAUCCCUCAAAAGAAUCCAAUUGCCCAUCAACGGUGAGAUAGAUUUUUCUAGCUAGUAAAAAGGUUAAAACGUUAAAACUUAGGUAUUUCUAUAUGAGCAACAACAGUACUGUACAUUGUAUAAUAUGCGCUGUGCAUUGUGUAGACAUCAGUUUCUGCAGUAAUAUCUUAUAUCUAAUUGUUACAAUGCGAUCAAUGGAAUCCGUAUAAGGGACUAAUGAUAUCUAGCUUUCCUACUCUUGUUUUCUUGCAUGUUUCUAAACUUGCUCUCCUUUUCUUGUUUCUGUUGAAGGCAGUAAUAAUCCGGUCAAGCUGCUUUUGACUUUUUAGAAGUUGGUGUACACAGUACAGUGUAUAUAAAUAAAUCGUAC